GUUUUGCAGUAUUUAAGAAGACGUCGAAAAAACAAGAUCAAUGACUGCUCCCGGAGUACAGCUGCACCUUCCCGAUGAUCACCAUGUGGUGAUGGAUAAUGGUAUUCUCCAAGUGACAUUGUUAGUACCAGAUGGCAUUGUAACCGGAAUCAAAUACAAUGGCGUUGACAAUUUGCUUGAGAUUCUAAAUGAUGAUGAAACAAACAGAGGAUACUGGGAUGUUGUCUGGAGUUCAGGUGGGACUAAAGGAACUACAGGAAUAUUUGAAAGGCUCAUAUGCACAACCUAUAAGGUCAUAUUGGAAAGAGAUGAUCAAAUAGAGCUUUCCUUCUCAAGGGCAUGGGAUGUGUCACUUCAGGACAAGCUUAUUCCCCUGAAAAUAGACAAAAG